AUGUGUGAUGCUGCAGAUGAUCUUCUGAGAGCUCUGACGGAUGCUCAAGCGGAUUCACAUGUCUCUUCGCGUGAGGAGGCCGACUCGUUUCACCAAAGCGUCAAUCGAUUGUGCAGUGCGCAGUGGCUCGCACAUAAUCGACAUUGCCGGCGCAUCUACCGUACGCUUUGCGAGUUCUGCAAACCUGCGGAUGUUGUCCUGGAACUUCGGCAAACGACGAAUGACCUCUGGCGUACAUGGAAAGCCAUACAGUCCACCUGUGGGGGCACCUUGGCGGAAAUGCUUUCAAGACUCACGGAUGCUAAACUGGUUGAGAAAGACAAUUAUGAAAAAGACACUAUUAUCCUCCUCUUGUCACUACUAAAGAGUGACAUGAAUGAGGCGGGUGACAGUCUAUCUUUGAUGGAACGGGGCUUGCAGCAACUGCGGAAUGACGUGGAGCGAGAGAGUGCAUUGACGUUGGACGCCGCAUCGCAGCGGAGGGCGCUGCGAAAGCGACGGAUUCAACGUCUUGUAGCAGUGCAACUUGGACAGGAAAAUAUCAGUCGGUUGCUAGAGGAAGAGUCACACCGUAUUUCGGAGUUGAAACUAAAGUCAAGCGAAUUACAGGCAAACAUGGAAGGACAACUUGCACAGCAAAUGACUGUCAGUUCGUCGCUAAAGGUCGGCCAUGACAGCCAGACUUGCUCAUAUGAGUUGAACCCAGCGUUGCUGCGCCAGCUGGGCUUAGAUAUAAAGGCCCAUGAAAUGGCUCAGGCAGCCCUCUUAUCGAAAACGCACCAAGUGCUGAAUCACCUGGUGCAAACUGCGGAUUUCCAAAUGAUGCCGAGCGUUGUGCAGUCACACAAAACACAAGCUUCAGGGAAAGGUGGCUUGAUGGAAGCCUUGACACCUCGAUUAACACACAGUGUGAAUGCAUCUCUCCUUGCGCGGGCUGAGUGCCUGUUAAACCGCUCAUGGGAGGAGGGUAUGGGCAUGGAUGAGUGUUAUGCAGUAGGAACAAACUCUGAGCAUCGUACCCGAAACGAUGACUACUCGACAGCUGCCUUGGAAGACCAUGCGUCAAAGCUGCAGCGGCAAGCUGCGGUGAGUAUUUCGUCUGCUGCACGUGCCCACCGAAUUUCAGGCGCUUCGAAAGAAAUUCUCCAAAGAGGCAAUAAUGGAAGAGAGACUGCUCUUCGUGCUGAGUGUGGGGCUGGCGCUCAGCUGAUUCUCAAGCAAAAGAAUGAAGUAGCACGAAUUCCCCUUCAGAGUCAUGUGGGAGGGUCGCACGGCACGGUCGUUUUGAGCAGUGGAGGCCGAUCGUCUCUCCUUGACUGUUCGAUUAAAGAAGGUUCAAGUAUUCCAGUAAUUGACGCUACUCGACUCACGCCCAAAGAAAUGGGAGGAAUGAAAACACGACACGGUGCCGACAAUGAGUCGUUGCAGCUGACGCCUCCUGACGACCCUGUUGUUACCGCAGUGUUGGUGAGCAGUGAGUCCGAGUUCCAAGAGGCAGACGUGACUCCACAACCUUCGGGAGGUGAAUUUUUACCACUAGUGCUCAAAGAAGCUGGAAACAGCGUGAAUCCACGACUAUCGAGGUCAUCUAUACUUCACCACGAGGCACAGAAACUCAAUGUCACGAGAAGUAAGGCUCUCGUUCUCGCACGAAUACGCAAACUUGCGCGAGUAACGGACGGCACUCCUUCUUUACUAUCCCAUUACACCGCCGACAAGAAAUGA